AUGGACAUGAAUGAUCCAAAAUUUCAUGUUGGUCAACAAUUUGAUGAUAAGCAGCUAUUCAAUAUGGUAGUUGACAAUUAUGCAAUCAAAAUGGGGAAGGAUAUAAAGUGGGUGAAGCAUGAUAAGCAUAGAAUGAGGGUGAAAUGCAAAGCUGAACAUUGUAAGUGGAUAUUGUUUGCUUUUAAAAUUAAUGAAGGUGAUGAUUCCAUUGCAAUCAAGACAAUGGGUCCAGCACACACAUGUGGCAGGACCUUUUACCACAAGAGAGCUAUCUCAGGUUUCUUAGCAAGAAAAUAUGUGGACUUCCUAAGGAUGAACAAGAGAAUAAUAGUUUCUGAGUUCAAGGAUAAGGUACAUGCAGAGCUGAAUGUAAACAUUACUAAACCUCAAGUUUAUAAGACAUUCAUGAAGGCAAAAAUUUUGAUCCAUGGGAGCUACAAAGAUCAGUACAACAGAUUGUGGGAUUAUUGUGAGGAACUAAUGAAGGCAAAUCCUGGUUCUACAGUGUACAUGAAAACUACAUUAGAUAAAGAUUUUGGAAAACAAAGAUUUCAGAGACUUUACAUUUGCUUCGAGGCACUGAAGAGAGGAUUUAAAUCUGGUUGUAGGAAGAUAAUUGGAGUUGAUGGUUGCCACUUGAGAGGUCCACAUCCGGUUGCAUAUGCAGUAGUUGAAGCUGAAAAUAAGAGGUCGUGGAAGUGGUUUAUUGAAUUCUUGAAAUAUGACCUAUCUAUCAAUGAUCAAAGAAAUUGGAGCUUUAUAAGUGAUAGACAGAAGAGUUUAGGAUCUGUAAUUCAGGAAGUCAUUCCAAAUGUCGAGCACGGACAUUGUGUAAGGCACUUGCACAACAACUUCAAAAAAAAUCAUCCGGGUGAAGCAUUGAAAGAAAGAUUUUGGACAUGUGCAAGGUCAUCGUACAUGAGGAUGUUCGAAAAUCAUAUGGAGUGUUUAAGGGAUUAUGAUGUAGCUGCUUGGAAGUGGUUAAAUGACAACACCUCUCCCUAUCACUGGUCAAGAUCAUACUUUCGAGUGGCUGCCAAGUGUGACAUUCUCCUUAAUAAUUUAUGUGAAAGCUUUAAUUCGGUCAUAAUGGAUGCAAGGGAAAAGCCAAUCCUUGGAAUGCUUGAGACUAUCAGAAUCUAUCUAAUGGAAAGGCUUCGUACAAAAAGGGAGUGGAUGAAGAAAAGGAGUGAUAAGAUCUGCCCAAAAAUUCAAAAGAAACUGGAGAAGGCAAAAACAGAAGCAGCUGCAAACAUCGCGAGAUGGUCUGAUCAAGAUAAAUUUGAGGUUACACAUAUGUAUGGAGGCAAACAUGUGGUGGACUUAAAGCAGCAGACUUGUAGCUGUAGGAGAUGGGAGUUGACUGGAUUGCCAUGCUGCCAUGUGAUUUGUUGUAUUUCUUUAAUAGGUCAAGAGCCAGAAAGUCUUGUUCAUCAUUAUUACUCGCGAGACAGUUACUUAAAGGCUUAUGAGCCAGCAAUUGCUCCUUUGAGUGGUCCAAAUGUUUGGGUGCAAUCGGAUAAAGAUCCUGUCUUACCACCCUUGAAGUUGACGUUACCUGGUCGGCCAAAGAAAGUAAGAAGAAGGGAACCAGAAGAGCCUAGGCUUAAUUCGAAAGGGGUUACCAAACUUUCUAGAUCUGGCCUUAUUAGAAUGACAUGUACAAAAUGCUAUCAAAAGGGGCAUACAGUGAGAAAGUGUCCACUGCUGGUACCUUCUAAUGAGCUUGGUGCAUCUACAAAUAAAAGGCCACCACCGUCCAACUCCAACAAGUGUAGCAAAUACAAGGCACUUGGCCAUAACAAGAGAACUUGUCCACAAAAAUCUGAUCAAGUGUUCGGGAAGGAGCCGGCUGAAGUACCUCUGGAAUCUAGCUCAAUGCCAGAUGUUCCAAGUGGUGAUAAAGCACAGGCUGUUAUUGAUGAACAAGAAGUUAUUGAUUUACAGCCAUCGGGUCAAGAAGAACUACCUGAAGUGCAAAAGAAAUUCACCAAGUGUUCCUUCUAUCAUGGCUUAGGACAUAACCGGCAAACAUGUGCAACCUGGCAAGCUCAAGCAUGGAGAAAAAGAAAGGCUGCUAUGACUGUUUUUGGUCCAUUCCCUCCAUCAAAGGGAAAAAUGAUUAGGAAAAAGGAGAAAGCACAUAGGCUGUUGGAUGAAGAAGAUGAUAUUGUCGCCCAGUCAAGUUAA